AUGUCUAUCCCCGACGACCCUUUCACGCCCCCUCAACCCCCUACUCGCCAACCGCUCUCCAUCAGUACCGGGCGGCGGCUAGAGCACGUCGAGCCGCUGCACGAUCACGAUGGACCACCUCAUCCCGGCCUCCCAGGCCAAUCUACCCUCGGUUCCUCCUCCACAGGCCAUCACACCCCCGCAAUCCUCAUUGCCCCGCCGGCCGGAACGGCCACUGCUCCCGCCACCGGAGGUACCAAGACCCCUCGGCGCGUGCAGUGGAACAAUGAGUCGCACGUCGUUCAGCUGGAACCUAUCCCUCUCUCCCCGCAGACGGUUGAUCGGAGCAAUCUCACCGCUAUCGACGCGAUGCUGGAGCAACACCGCAAUAGUCCUAGUCCGGGUCGGCCACUGUCCCAGCUGUCUAUAGCCAGUUCGGCCACGGACGGGGCGGACGACUAUGACUAUCGUCUCGACGUGGAUCCGCCUAAUCACAAUCCCACCCACACGCACGCGCUCGAGGCGGUCGGCAGCGCGGAUAGCCAGAAUCGUCCGGCGGAACCGCAAUCGCUCCAGGAUAUACUGGAUACGGGGAUCAAUGAUCAUAUACACGGAGAAACCAACAUCGCUUUUGGCGAGACGGAUGGGUUGCCGAAUAUCACGUCGAACGAUCAGGCGGAUGAUUUGAGCGAGGCCAAGAACCUCGUCAGGGCGCAUACGGGGAAAUGGGGCGUCUUGCGGCGGAGAGUUAAGGGAGCUGGAGCUGUGAGCAGGGCGUUUGGGACGAUCAAGGAGGGAGAAGUGAGGGAGGGCGGGGGAGGGUUGGGCGGGAGUGAGGACGCGGAGAAAGUGGGUGGUGGAGCGGAUGGCGGAAGAGACCAAGACGCGUUUGCGGCGAGGUAUCCUGAGCCUCGGGAGAAAGGGCGGCAGAGCUUCAGCGGAGGCAUGGGGGAUGGGACGGGCGGUAUUGGAGCGAUGAAUAUGGGGAAUGGGAUGCCGCAGAUGCCUGGUGGGGCGUCGGUACUUUCCUCACUCCUCGCGCUGUACAAUCAGCAGAACAUGCCCGGCAGCGGCGCGACCUCAGCGGCUUCGUCUCGCCCUUCGUCGGUGUACGAGUCGUCGGAUGACGAGGACGAAAAGGCUCGCGCGGGCAAGUCGGCGGAUAUCAAGAAGGGGGCGGGAGGAUGGUGGCAGCCUGGGGAAGGGAAUGGGGCGGGGGACACCUCGCACGAGACUCCCCCGGACGUCAUUAUCAACAGGGAACACAGGCGGCCGUCCGAGGUCCUUCUCGACGAUCACCCGAUACCUCCUCCCCAUCGCUCCCAGUCCGCCUCAUCCCUCACAGCCGACGCGCGCGCAACGCCCGGCUUCCUAUCUGCUCUGCGGCGGGCACGGAAGUACACCGACAAGAUCGGGAGUCAGCUGGAUGAUGCGGACCGGCCCAAGGCUGCUCGGUCCGGGGCGGGUGUAUGGGGUGCACUGAUACAGAACACCCAAAACAUCUCGGGCGUCGCCACGCCUACUGCUGCGACCCUCGCUCCUGCUGCUGCUCGGCCAGGGUACCAGCUCAAUCGGUACACCCUGCCCACUGCCGAUGCCCUCGAGCAGGCCGCGUCCCCUUGGCGCCCUCAAUCGCGUAACGGCUCUCGUCCCGGAUCCCGUCCCGACUCGAUGCACUCGGGAACGGCCGUCUCGAACGCGGAGUCCCCUCCUGGGCGGUACGACCCGAAGAAGGCCCACUCUGCGGUCGAUCUGCGCAAGAACGCCUCGUCGGACGAUAUGAUCCACAUGAAGUCCUCCCACAAGGCAGAGAGCGUCCGGAGCCGGUCGGGUCUCAAACUCGACUCGCUCGGCAAGCUGCCGGUCGCGGCGUUCAAGUCGUCUGGGCAGGCACUGAAGAGCGGGGGACAAGCCGUCAGGAAUGCGGAGAAGUGGGUCAUGUCGGGCGGGAGAACUCCGUUGACCCCGCCGGCGAUGGGUGAGAAGGGUCAGAUGGACUACUUUGCGAGACCGAUGACGGAGGAUGAGCGCCGGAGGAAGGAGUGGGAGUCGGAGAAGAGGAGGCGGAAGAAGCAAAAGGAAGCGAGAAAGAAGCAGGAGAUUUUUAUCAUACAACAUGUAGCGGCCAUCCUCGCUCGACAACAAUUCCUCAUGAAGCUCGCAAGAGCGCUCAUGAUGUUUGGCUCGCCAUCGCAUCGACUCGAAACUCAGAUACAAGCUACCGCUCGCGUGCUCGAAAUCAACGCGCAGGUCGUCUACCUGCCUGGGACGAUGCUUAUCUCGUUUGGGGACGACGCGACCCAUACGAGCGAGACCAAGUUCUUGAAGCAGGCGACGGGACUGGAUCUGGGCAAGCUGCUGGCGACGCACAAGCUGUACUGGAAUGUCGUCCACGAUCGGAUCUCGGUCGAGCAAGCCAGCAAGGACCUCGAUGUGCUCAUGACCACUCCCAUGUACUACUCAUGGUGGCAAACACUCAUCAUUGGCGCCAUGGCUUCCUCGUUCAUCUGCGUCGUCGGUUUCUCGGGCUCCUUCCUCGAUGCUCUCGCGGCCGCACCCCUCGGUGCCCUACUAUGCGGUAUCCAGAUGAUCGCCGCCCGGAACGACAUGUUCUCCAACGUCUUUGAAAUCGCCAUCGCUACAAUCAUCUCGUUCAUCGCUGCUGGACUGGCUAGUACGGGCUACUUCUGCUACACUGCGCUCGUCAGUGGAGGUGUUGUGCUCAUCUUGCCUGGUUACAUCGUGCUCUGCGGUGCGCUCGAAUUGGCGGCUCGCAACAUCACGGCCGGAGCUGUUCGGAUAGGAUAUAGUGUAAUCUACUCGCUUUUCCUUGGGUUCGGUAUCUCCAUCGGCGCCGAGCUAUACCGUCAAAUCACAGGCCUCACUGUAUCCGGCGCAAACGACUAUCAAUGCUCCUCCACGCACGCCUCGGACAACUGGUAUCAAGUCACCCCAUCCGCAUGGUGGUACUUCCUCGCAUGUCCAGGUUUCGCCCUCGCCCUUUCGCUACGGAACCAGCAACCCCUCUUUGCGCGCGAACUACCGAUUAUGAUCAUCAUUGCCUGUGCUGGAUGGGCGUCCAACCACUUUGCGGCCAAGGCGUUCAUUAACCGCUCGGAUAUGACGUCGGCUAUUGGGUCGUUUGUCGUUGGGACGUUGGGGAAUCUGUAUGGGAAGCUGUCAAAGGGCUCAAGCUUCCCUGUCACGGUCGUUGGGAUCUUGUUCCAGCUCCCAUCAGGUCUAUCCAACGGAGGUAUAUUCAACUUCGCAUCUCAGUCUGGUGAGGGCAACACCGAAGCCUACUCGUCAGGGUUCGAAGUGGCGCAGCAGCUCGUGGCUGUUGCUAUCGGUCUGACUGUCGGUCUCUUUGUCUCCGCGGCCAUCACCCACCCCUUCGGUGGCGGACGCAGGCGGGGAAGUGGGAUCUUCUCCUUCUAG